CUCUAUUUUCAUUGCUAUCACAGGACAAGAAGUUCUUGUCAAGAACUAUGCUAUCUUAAAAAGAAGUUUCGUGAUGUGCAGAAGACAAGGCCGUUUGAAUACUACGAAAUGAAAAUUAGUUUGUCAAGUAAUUCGUUCCCGGAUGUUGUUGAUUAGUGUAGAAAGAACCACGGAUAGAUUUAUUCUCUCGCGAAAGCAGCAUGCUUAGUUUUACCAGGCUAGAUCAGUACAGCGAAGUGUUGAUAUUCAGGUGUGCCAAUCAUGAAAAAAUGAAAACCGAAAUAGUUGAAAUUUUUUCAACAUCCUGCCGCCCCAGCUAUCUGAGAAAUAAAAGGCGGAGCAGCAGUAGCAGCUGGCUGAAGUAGGGGGUCGCGCCAGGGCUCCAAACCGCGCAGCAGGAGACGAGCAACGACACAGACGGGAAAAAGCCAUUGGCACUACAACUCGCCUCCAACAUGGCAACGGCCUCAAGAAGCACGCGUUUGCGCCAGGACCGGCGCUCCUGGACCAUAGCGACCGGCACGGCCAUGAUGCUCGUUCUUUCGCUGGCGGCUCAGCCUUACACGGACCUAUUAUUUGCGGCCGCGGUGGUGAUGGUGCCCCUAAGGAACGCGAAAAUGGUCUGUUUGAGCGGGCGCAGGGCUGGUGAUGCUGGUCAUGAUGUGUUGCCGAGGCACCAAAUAACACGACAACCUGUUUCUGCCGCACAAGAACCUGAUACAACUAGACCACUGUGGUCUUCCUUUGUGCUGACGUCCUUCGCUUCUGACCUGUAUAAGGCCAUGCAGCGGACCGACGGGGAGCAAAUCAAAAACCCCUUCACGACCAUGAUGAAAAGAAAUCAUAUUCACAAUGAGAAAUACGAAUAUCGGGUGCCAAAGCUGAUUUUCUUUUUUCGCCAUUACGACUCUUGGGAGAACGGAAUUCUUCGCAUCGUGCUGAACAACUGGAAACCGCGGAAAAAUAUUGGAGAUUGCGCCUCUACUACUUCGACAGGAAAGAAGAACACGAAGCUAAAGAACAAGUCCUCUUCUACUACACCCACUCCUUCAAUUGGUGUUCAUCAGAAACAAAAGUUUCUGCUGAUGGACUUGAUCAAGGUCCUCCAUUUGCAGUCACGGCAGAUUUCUGUGAAGACGUCGGGAGUCGCUACCACCCCUUCAGCAACACCAACAAGUGCCGAAGAAGCUACAGGACGAGGACCAACAUCGGCUGCACAAGGUACCUAAUUCAUUCCCAAUCUAGACAACAAACUCGAGACAUCACAUUCUAAGCAUCACAGAUAGGACUAGGUCGCGCAGCAUUACUUGGCGCGAACCUCGUGAGGGCCGGAAUGGGCUAACCACCUCUGUGGCCCCAUUUUUGUUCUCCCGUGGCCAGCCCUCGCCUACAAAAAUGGUGAACCCGGGGGAGCCGGACUAAGGACACAGCCAGUACCGACGCCAAUGCCCACGCCGAUGGCGAUACGCAAUGUGGAACGGAGGACUGCGCGUGUGCGUGUUUGUUCGACAAACGCGCGCGCGUUAUUGCUGACUACCUGUCUUUAUGUUUACACACUAGCAAGGCACAUCCUGACGUCUAUGACGCGAAUGUAUAUGAUUUAGCGGGCGCGUAGCCCCUCUCUCCGGCGACGCAAUGGCCCGCCACUGCCCGCUAGCGACCUCUGUUGGGGAGGGUCCGGGACUUGUUGCAGCCUCUGUUGCACCCGGCGCUGUUACCUCUCUGUGCAGUGCUGGAGCACAGUUCGACCCACGUCUGUGGGCGGACAAGUGCGACGCCCCGCAGCCACCUCUGUGGCGCGGGCGUUGCGGUGCGGUCCCUGUUGCGCGCCCCGCGACUGUAUUUAGUUGUACACAGGACGCUGCGAAGCAGCGCAGAUGCACUUUGAUACAGAUCCGGAGUCCGCCACUGUGAAGGGUGUGACCUUGUGAAACAUACGAACAGAGGAAGAAAGCGGUGAGCCCUUGGGGCGCCAGCACUGCGGAGAUUUGGGAAGGAGUUUGUGUUCGCGCCAUGAUAAGCAAAAUGCUACCCAAAUCACAUCAUGGAUCAGGUACCAACAGGGCGGAAGCAACAGGACGAGGACCAACAUCGGCUGCAAUUGAGUGUUCCAGCUGCGACCCGGCGUCUUCUGUGUCUGUAUCAUCAACGAGCUUGACCACACCUAGCGCAGGAAGUAGUUUUUCAGCAGGACCUGCUCAAUUAGCGCCACCUGCUACAACCGACAACUCGUCCUCCUUCCCCGUCCUGAGCAACAACGGCGAGCCGCAGCUGAGGGCGUAUUUGCUGCGAAAGGUGCAAAAGCUGUUCGCGGACUCCGGAAAUCCGGUCAGUGAGCGGGAUAUGGCGGCGAAGCGGUUGAAGUUGGUGGAGUACCACCCGGACAACUUCGCGUUGCACUACGUGAAGGAAGGAGGGCGAGGGAGCAGCGAUGGAGCUCAUAGUUCUUCGCUGGAAGUAGUAGACAAGGACACUGGAAGAGAAGCAGCAAGAAGUGCAGUACAGCAAUCAAGCACAACAACUCCAUUGACAACUACUCCAGCGGCAAGUAGUUCAAGUUCCGCUAGUCCUGUCGUCUCUAGUCGCGGUCAGAACAACCAGGAGUUGUUCUCUCAGGGUUGUACUACUGCUGCAACAGCAACCGCGUCGACCUGCAUGACCCCCGAAGAACGGGAAGAUCAUGCGGAAGGAGCGCAAGAAUUGAAGGCGCGCUUGCUGCUGACGUUUAUGGACUUUUUCUCCACAGGAGCUCCUGCAGAUUCUUGUUCAGAGGACGAUUUUGCUCUGGAACAACAUGAAAGGCGGGAUGACCGCGAUCUUCUGCUUCCGGAGGCGGACGCUGCUAGGACAAGAACAGGAGAGCCGCGAGACGACGAACGACCCAUAGCACUCCACGCGGAUGACGACGAGAUGGAGAUGGGCACUGCUUCUAACCUCAGCUUCCGCGGACGGACCAACAUCAUACAGCACGAGUUGAUGUACGUAGCCUGGCUUGCGGGCCUGCUAAUCCCGAAGGUAGAUGUGGUGGUCAAGAACGACGGCUCCGGGAGGGCACAAGAACAGCAUGCAACUCCGGAUGCGGCUGCCCCCGGCAUUGUAGGAGACCCCUACAGGUCGAAUUUUCUCGCGGAGCUAGCCAAAUACGAGCAACGUGCCGAAGAGGAGUCCAACGUCGCCGGGGGAAAAAUUACACCUCCUGCUACUCAACAGCAGCAGCAGGCGCGGGUGGCCGCAAGGGUCCGGGAGCUGCAGGAAACGCUAGAGCGAAUCGCAGACGAUGCGGAAAGACAGGGAAGUAGAAAUAGUGCUGGUAAAAACUACGAAGCGGUCGACCACAGUGGAAAGUUCAGAGAACACCGGGUGAUGAUAGAAGAUCACUGGGAUAGCAUCGAGGAAAUGAUGGGCCCGGAUGGCGCCCUGACGGAGUACUUCCUCACGGCUCUGCUGAAUAAAAAGCGGGCACCGGAAAAGCUCCAGCUCCUGGUGAUCACGUGCCAAAUGACCCUUGCGACCGUCACGAAAUGGGUGCGGGGAUGGCAGUAUGCAGUGCAAAAACGUCGUUAACUAAAGUACUGGCAUUUUUUGGCAUCGCAAAUUUGCUUAGCGUGGUGACAAAUGCAAUUUGUCAUGUUGAAUGAUUUACCUGAGGAACGACUGAGUAGAUGAGAAGAGCUGCAUGCAUAUCUGCAAUCAGUCCGAGGACUACUAACUUGCGAUGCUUUUGCGUUGCAUAGGCAGCGUCUCUUCCCGCAGGAACUAGAUGAAGGGGAUUUCGAAUUCCUUUCGGACGAGGGGCUGGAAGAGGUUGUGGUGCCUGAAGACAGUAUCUCUCAACAAGAUAGUUGUGGAGAAUCAUCUCCAUCAGCUGAUGACGCCGCCAGUUUCUCCAUGGAUUCCGGGGACGAGGAGCUUUCUGGCAUGGGUCGCCAAGAAGAUGCACUAGACCAACGAACCGAACGAGAUCAAGAAGAACCUGUAGAUGAAGUACUAUGUCCCGCCUGGUCGUCGCGCCAGCGGCGGCUGAAAAGAGAUAGAGAGCGACAGAAAAGCGCAGAAAAUAGUACCAGGUUCAAGCAGUACUUCUUCCGCGAAGUAGAAGUCGCUGGGGUGAAAAACAGCAAAAUCCGCCGAAGGAAAGGCCGCUCAUCGUCAGGGGUGGAACUACAACAAAACGAGAAAACCAACUCAAGCUGCUCCGACGCAGACUCCUCUCGUCCUUCAGUCUUCUCGGAAGUGGACUACACAUCGGAACAAGAUGUCGCGUUCUUAUCAGGGCCACGCCGUGCUUCGGAGGACGACGUCGAGGAUUAUCAGGACUUGCACAAAAUGAAAAUAAACGCUGAUGGGACCACUGCAAGCAGUGCAGCUGGCGCAAGAACGAUCAAAUCCACUUCGCGAUCGCGAUCCCGCAGCAGUAGAAGGAGGAGUGCAAGUGCUAGAAGUCGAACAGAACAAAUGAAAGAAAGACCAGAAUCUGCUACACCUGAGAAACUAGCACGAAAGAACAGAAAAAGACAGUGGAAAAAUAGUUCAUCAUCUUCCCCGAAGUCGAAGACCAACAGGAGACGUGUGGCACCUCCACAGAAGAAGAUCAAGCGUGUUCCUCUGCAAAAGCGGUUUGUGAAGGUGACACUGAAUGAGAACACGGAGGUGAUUUUCCUCCUCACCGAGUCCAGCAUUCAUUGGGGCAGCUUCGAAGUAGGAAAUGGUUCUUGUGCACUUCGUGAAGUAGAUCGGAGAUGGGGCGGUGCCCGGCGGCAAGAACUACGUGGCGCUUCCACCGGUCCGGCUGCAGUACAACUAGAGGAGGCCCAGGUCGUGCGUAACAGGAGUUCCCCGGAAGUAGAUCACCUGCGGGUCGCGCCAUCCUGUCGCCGACCACGCUCGCAACCAGAAGCUGCCCACGACGACCCUGCGCCAGUGCAUUUUUAUGGAGGUGCACGAAGUUGUGAAUCUACCUCUCCUUGCGCCCCUUUUCCAUACGCGCGUAGUUCUUGUCACGUCUUGUCCCUCGCCCCGCACGGAGAUGAACAUCGGGCUUUUCUACCCGCUCCAAGAGAACCAGGAUCUUCGUGCCAUGCACCUCAACACCCCCGGCGAAAAAACACAAAAAAGGGGGGGCCGCGACGAGAAGAUGAUCCCAGUCUUGUGCCACUUCUGGCUGCCACGAGGAAAGAAAUCGGUCAUCCAAACCCGCUGCAAUUGGAAACGGAAACAAUUCUCUCCUGGCUUAGGGGUGGGGACGAGUUUAACUGAAAUUUCCACUUGUGAACUAUGUAUAAGAAACAGAAAGUACUUUUAUUAUUUUGCCGCGUAUCAGUCGCGCGUAUGCGUAAUAGUACUAAAACUGAAAAUUUAAAUUUGUAGAGUCUACUGCGUAGGCGUAGUAUCUUUCACGACAGCAUAAUUGACAAAAUGCACACUGUAUUUCGCGUAGAUGUAUUGUUUUCUUGCAGGUGCAGGGUUUCGGUUUGUACUUACCAACAGGAAGCAGAAUCGAUGUUGCAGUAGAGCAAGGACGCUCAUGGGCUCGGAAGCCAUCACCUGCAAGACCAAGACCCUAUGUGCACGACGAACUGUUCAUGAUUGAGAAAUGGAAAAAAUCGAACCAUGCACCAACUUGUUUCUGGAAAGACGUUUAUAUCUAUGUUGUGAUCUGUGCAAUAGAUGAAUUGGAAUUGCAU